AUGGAUGUCGAGAUCGUCGCGGCGUCGAAGGUCGGACGCAAGCUCAACGACUUGCGGCAGAUGCAUAAAGAGGCGGCCAUCAGCCAGAUCGAAGGCGAAGCUUCGACGAUCGAGGCCGAUUAUGUCGACGUGCGGCACAAGUGUCUGCGCGACCUCGCUCGAUGCAAUGUCGUGACGGCUCAGCACGUCCCUUUGAGCUGA